AUGACCACUCAAGUAAAGAAAAUCUGCUGCCUUGGAGCCGGUUAUGUUGGUGGACCAACUUGUGCCGUGAUAGCGUAUAAAUGUCAUGAUAUAGACGUCACCAUCGUUGAUUUAAAUGAAGCUCGUAUCGCCGCCUGGAAUUCUGACCACCUCCCCAUCUACGAACCAGGACUUGAUAAAAUCGUCUUUGAACGUCGUGGAAAAAAUUUGUUCUUCACUACCCAAGUUGAACAAGCUGUCAUAGAGGCAGACUUAAUUUUUGUGUCAGUGAAUACGCCAACAAAGAAAUCCGGUCUAGGCGCUGGUUUUGCCGCUGACUUGGCUUAUGUUGAGUCUGCUACCCGACAGAUUGCCAAUGUCGCGAAAAGUUCAAAGAUCGUUGUUGAAAAAUCCACUGUACCUUGCCGUACCGCGGAAAGUAUGCGUACAAUCUUGGAAGCAAAUAGCAAUGAAAAUAUUCGGUUUGAUAUUUUAUCAAAUCCCGAAUUUCUUGCCGAAGGAACCGCUAUUACUGAUUUAUUGAGCCCCGAUCGAGUAUUGAUCGGUGGUUUACAAACUCCAGAAGGUAUAAGAGCCCAGCAAGCUUUAGUUGAAGUUUACGCUCAUUGGGUUCCUACAGAUCGUAUUAUUACCACAAACUUAUGGUCAUCCGAACUUUCAAAAUUGGCGGCCAAUGCAUUAUUAGCUCAACGUAUCUCAUCGAUCAAUGCCUUGUCAGCAAUUUGUGAAGCAACAGGCGCUGAUAUCGAUGAAGUGGCCUAUGCGUGCGGAAGGGAUACACGUAUUGGACCAAAAUUUUUGAAGGCUUCGGUUGGGUUCGGUGGCAGUUGCUUUCAAAAAGAUAUUUUGAAUUUGGUCUAUUUAUCAGAGCAACUUAAUUUACCUGAAGUGGCAGCAUAUUGGAAACAAGUUGUUGAUUUAAAUGAUUAUCAAAAGAAACGUUUCGUUUCUCAUAUUAUCAAAACACUCUUUAACACUAUUACCAAUAAGAAAAUCGCUGUACUUGGAUUUGCCUUUAAGAAAGAUACCGGCGAUACUCGUGAAUCUGCUGCCAUAACCUUAUGCAAAGAUUUUAUUCAGGAAAAUGCUAAAGUUCGUAUUUACGAUCCAAAAGUUUCCACUGAGCAAAUCUUCUUUGAUUUAAGUGCACCCGGUGUAGAUGACCAUGAAAUUUGUAAGUGUGGUAGAUGA